AUGUCUCGUCCAGAAGAGCUUGCACCUCCAGAGGUUUUCUACAAUGAGGUAGAAUCGAAGAAGUACUCCUCUUCUUCGAGAGUACAGCAUAUCCAGGCAAAAAUGACCUUACGUGCUUUAGAGCUUUUAAAUCUACAGGAUUCAUCUUUUUUACUAGAUAUCGGUUGCGGUUCAGGUCUCAGUGGAGAAAUAUUAACAGAGGAGGGUCAUAUUUGGUGCGGGAUGGAUAUAUCACCUGAUAUGCUUGCUACAGGUCUAACUAGAGAGGUAGAAGGAGAUCUUAUGUUACAAGAUAUUGGCCAAGGUAUACCUUUUAGAGCGGGAACUUUUGACGCUGCAAUCAGUAUUUCUGCAAUCCAGUGGCUAUGUAAUGCAGAUACCUCGUAUAAUGAUCCCAAACAGCGGCUGAAGCGAUUUUUUAACACUCUAUAUGCUGCUUUGAAAAAAGGUGGAAAGUUUGUAGCACAGUUCUAUCCAAAAAAUGAUGAACAAACUGAGCAAAUUCUAGGAGCUGCUAAAGUAGCGGGAUUUAGCGGUGGUCUGGUGAUUGAUGAUCCUGAAUCUAAGAAGAACAAGAAGUACUACUUAGUAUUGAGCUCUGGAACUUCGAGGGAAGAAGAGCAAGUCAACCUUGAUGGUGUAACUAUGAAUGCUGAUUUGUUACCAAGCAGAGUGCGCAAGAAGAAGGAGAGGGAAUCCAGGAAGGAUUACAUUUUAAGAAAGAAGGAAUUAAUGAAGAAGAGAGGUAGAACUGUAGCAAAGGAUUCCAAAUUCACUGGUAGAAAGAGAAAAUCCAGGUUUUAA